UCUUAACUGUCAACAUUUUUCCUGAUCGACAACGAUUGUUUUUUGUCUUUAUUCGCGAGUGAAAAAUAGUGACGAAGGUGAAAAAAUAUUUUGAUUUUAAAAUAAGUGACCCCAAUAUCUCUUUUACUUGUGCAAAUACGGUCUAAAACAAUAAAUAUCGCAUCGUAAGCAGGGGAAUCAUCGAGUGCAGCAAUAUUUCGGCCCUGCAAGAAACGAUAUCAGUUAAUCGGAUUUCUAAUGUAAUAUUAUGGUAACACGGUUUGAGCGGCUGAUGGGGUGCUCCUCUAUCCCGAUAGGAGAGACCCCGCCUGAGGACGAGACGCAGUGCUCAGGCCGGGGUGACUGUCUCAAUGGAACCUGCCUCUGUGAAAUCCGCUACAGUGGAGAUGAAUGCUCCGGUUUUAAUCUACCAUACCAUGCGGGCAUUUCUUCGGUAUUCUACUUUGUCGCCUUCAUAUCGAUGGUACAGCUGAUGAUCUGUAUCAUUGCGGAAUAUCAGCGACUAAAGCAGCCAAGUUUUCUGCGCGCCUGCCGGUUAACAACCCAAAAGCUGCUGUAUUUUUUCGUUUUCAUUGCGUCGGUGCUUCGAGGAGCAUACUUUACAACGCCGGAAACACUGCAACCAGCGUGGGUAUCUUACUUGAUGUCAGCAUACUACCCGCUCGUGAUGACCUGCGCAUCUCUUGUGGUAUGCUUGUGGGCUGAGAUAUUCCACCUGCGCGACAUACGUUGGGAGCGGUCACAAUUCCUGUCGAAGAGUUUUCUCGGUUUUCUAGCGUUCAAUCUACUACCGUACAGUUUGUUUCUGGCGGAGAUCGCCUAUUCGUAUUUGUUCUCCGUAAGGAAUACGCACUUCUUCAACGGCUGCUAUGCGGCCCUGCUGCUGAUCGUGGUCAUCUUCUUUCUUAUCUACGGUGUGGAAGUGUUUUUCAAGGUACGCGGCGGCUUCGUGUACGACUUUGGCAGCGUUCCAAACAAUGAGAAUGUCAACGCUUCCCAGUUACACCAGUCUCGGUUCGGGCUGUUGAGUCAGGCGAUAAUGCUGAUCGUUAUUAUCGGCUUUCUAACAUCAGAAACACUCGGGGAUUUUUGGAAGAAAAAAGUACCGGUAUAUUCCCGCAACUGGCACGAUAUUGUGUUUCGCCUAGUGGAGGUAGGCGUUGCCCUCUGGUUUCCCUGUUGUCUAUGGAACUCGAUGGCUCCCGAACAGUUGUGGAUUUUAAAUCCACGCAAACUCCUGACCCGCCAAAUCGAUCCGGUCACUGCUGGCGCCAACAGCUUGCCGGAACCGGAAGCUUCCACUUCCACCGCCGAAGAGGGACAGUCCUUCUUGGCGAAGAAAGAUUGCUGGAUUUGUUACGACAACGAGAAACCGGAGCCGUUGAUUCAACCGUGCAAGUGCACCGGUGACGUUAGCUCAGUCCACCACGAAUGUCUCCGUCGGUGGCUGGUUGAGAGUUGUGCCAAUUCUGAUACCGUUCUCCACUGCAAGGUGUGCGAGUCUCCGUAUGAAAUCGAAAGAUCCAAUCGUCUUGACUGGGAGAAAGGUUUCACCAUUCAACAUUGGGCCAAGACGAUCAUUAUCGUGACGCUGAUGUGCAUUACCGGCGCGGGCGCAUGGGUUAUAAUUCAGCUGAACGAGGACUCCUUUGUGCGGGUCCUGGUAGCCGGUUUUGCCAUCAUCAUCGGUUAUAUUCUGUUCAAGAUGCUCGGUGAAAAUACGGUUACGGCGAUCGAACGUGCUAAGGUUAGUUCGAUUAACAUCGUAACAUCGGCAAGCGAUUUGAACAACAGCAAUGGCAGCGAUGUGCAUGAGAAGCUCAACACCAUCUGCCAGGACGUGGAAUGCAAGUGAGAUACUUUUUAACGGGCAAGGCUUCAAAAGCAAACAAACAAACCAACUGUGACUGAGCCCUGCUUAACACCGAAAGGACGGAACAACUUUCUGCAAACCGACGGUUUGCUGUUCCCUAGAGUGUAAGUGGAGAUAUGUUUUAGACUUAGCGUAUACCCCUAUAGAUUGGUUUUUAAGUAUAAUCUAACGGUACGAACAAAUUCGUGCGUUGCUACACAAACCUUCGUGUAUUUAAUGAGUGGUUCUACCUGACAAAAUUUUAUAAUACUAAUGUUUAGUAACGUGGUUUUUGAACCUAAGCAACUGUGUUUAUUUUGUAUGUUCUCACCAAGUUAAACUCUAUUUAGUUUAUCUUGCCGAAUUCCGAAACAUACAACUCAAAUGGCCCUUCUGAUCUGAAGUACUGCAUUUAAAUGUUCGUUUAGCGGUGGGUGGCUGAAUUCCAACAAUGAACGCAGUCUGAUGUUGGUUUCUAAAUGUAUUAUUUUUGUGUGUGUUAUACUUCUGUAAACCGACUUAAAUUUACCGCCUAUACAAAUUCAUUUUUUAUUAUUUUACUACAAUUACUCUUAUACAAACAAUAAUUUGGUGAUUAUGCUUAUUAUGUGUGUAGUUCUUUUUUAUGCUAGGGAAGAGAAAUGUUAACCGAUAGCGAAUAACCCAAUAGAGCGCAGCUUUGAUCGUAUUUCUUCCAUGGGUUCGACUAUUACAUCGACAGUCCAUCAGAACAGUCAUUACAUAAGAAAUUCAAAUUAUUUAGCAUAGAAUAAUAAUAACACAUCAAAAUUAACCAAAAAGUCCUUUUAGGUCGUUUCUCUGAAAAAAAUAUUUUAGUAUUCGUAGUCGUAGAUUGCAAAGAAGCAUCAAAUUGAUGAUCUCGUGGCAUUUGUAACGGAGUUUGUCUUCAACUGAGAGGGCUGUCGAUGGAGCAACUAUGGAGGGAAGCUCGCAGUUUUUAUGUUCAAGUGUGUGAGUUAAUUUAAUUUCACUGGAUUGUUUGGUAUCGCUGGGAUCCUGCACAAACGAAAAAUUGUCAUGAACUGUGUGGUUUCGCUUUAGUGGAAUUUGUAUUCGUAUUUAGUCACAUUUGUAGGAAGUUUUUCGAGGAAUUACUUGAUUUAAUUAAACACUUCUAAGUUCAAUUUAUCGGACUUGAUCAAUUAACGUUGAGUAGAGCAUGAAGUACGUUAUCCUAUCCUUUUGAUAUGUUAGUUUGGCGUUAAGAAUGUACUGUGAACAAAUUGUUAAACUACUCUAGUAGCGACUUCAUCCGAUCGAAGAUCCUUACCUAUUAUAAACACACAUUAAAAAUCAGUAGAAGCGUGAUAAAAGUUGAUCGAUUUAAACCUAUAACGAAGAAACCAUUUCGCUCUCGUGAGUUUCAAAAUAGAUAAAUAAACAUGCAACCGAUCAUACAAAAGAGAUUAUGCAAAACGCUACCAGGGGCGGGAAAUAGUUGAUUCGAAUAUCCAUAUUUAAAAAUAAAACUUUUCUUGAAUCAUCAACCUAA